AUGGUCUCCAUAUCCGACGACGAUGAGCUCCUGCUCGCUCGAAUCGGCUACAAACAAGAACUGAAGCGUGAAUUCUCCAAAUGGUCCACCAUCUCGUAUGCCAUCUCCAUCCUCGGCAUCUUAGGCUCCGUGCCCGCCACUUUCGGUGCCCCCCUAGCGGCCGGAGGACCCGCCGCCGCCGUCUGGUGUUGGGCCGUCGGCUCCUGCAUGGCGUUGUGUAUCGGCAGCUCCGUGGCUGAAUUGGUGUCGGCCUAUCCCACGGCUGGUGGGAUGUACUUCGUCACGAAAUACGUGGUGCCCGAGGAACAUGUGCCGGUGUUUUCGUGGGUGCAGGGUUGGUGCAACCUCCUCGGUCAGACUGCCGGCGUGGCCAGUGUCACGUACACGGUCAGCCAGAUGCUGUUGGCAGCGGCGAGUAUGAAUUCCGGGUUGAUUGGGGGUGGAGAGUAUAGAUAUUCGCCAACUGCAUUCGAUACGGUCCUCUUAGCUAUCGUCCUACUCUGCGUGCUGGGUGUAAUUUGCUCGCUGACAACGAAGACGCUGCAUCGCAUUAUUUUCUGGUUUGCGCCGAUUAACAUCACCGCGACCAUCGUCAUCUGCUUCGUCCUGCUCUCCUCGCCCGACAAACAGUCCGCCAGCUGGGUCUUCACGCACUUCACCGACGGAUCUGGAUGGGGAUCCAAAAUCUUUUCAUUCCUAUUGGGAUUCAUCUCCGUUGCUUGGACCAUGACCGACUAUGAUGGCACCACCCACAUGUCCGAAGAAACUCACGACGCAGCCUCCCUCGGCCCACUGGCCAUUCAAUCGGCUGUCAUUGUCUCCGGGCUCAUGGGCUGGAUCCUAACCAUCUGUCUCUGCUUCUGCAUCACCGACCUCGACGCCAUCCUGGACACCCCUACCGGCCUUCCCGCCGCCCAGAUCUUCCUGAACGCUGGCGGCCAGACUGGCGGCACCAUUAUGUGGGGGUUCGCGAUCCUCGUGCAGUUCUUCACGGGCUGCUCGGCCAUGUUGGCGGAUACGCGCAUGGCGUAUGCCUUUGCGAGAGAUGAGGCGGUGCCGUUUUCGAGAACCCUUUCCAAAAUCAACCCCACCACAAAAACCCCCCUCAACGCCGUCUGGUUCGUCGUCGGGGCCAGCAUCCUCCUAACAACCAUCGCAAUCGGAUCCACGCAGACCGUGACCGCCAUCUUCAGCAUCACGGCGCCAGCGCUCGACCUGUCCUACGUCUCCGUCAUCCUGGCGCACCGCGUCUACCAAGACCGGGUGCCGUUCGUGGAAGGUCCGUUUACGUUGGGACGGUGGCGAGGAGUCGUUAAUUGGGUGUCGAUCGUCUGGGUGGUGUUUAUUAGUGGAGUGUUGUUUUUUCCGCCCAGCAUGCCGGUUACGGUUGUUAAUAUGAAUUAUGGCAUCUUUGUGGGUGCUUUUAUUGGGUUGUUUGCGCUGGUUUGGUGGUGGGUUUCUGGGAAGGGGAAAUAUACCGGUCCUCGAACCAAUGACUAUAAACAGGGCAUACCGACGGAGGAUUUGGACGACGACUGCUACGGCACGUUUCAUUGA